AUGGCUCUGAGUUUCACCUUUGACGGAGAAGCAAACCAGGUACUGUUCACUGGAAAUUCCGAUGUAAAGACAGUGAUUCUGAACAGACCUAAGAAGCUAAAUACCCUUAAUCAUGACAUGAUUUGUCAAAUAAAAAAGAAUUUACAGGCCUAUGAGAACGACCAUUCUGUGCAACUUGUGAUAUUGAAGGCUAAUGGAAAAGCUUUUUCUGCUGGUGGCGAUAUAGUAUCAGUAAUCACUUGUUCUCUUGCAGGACACUGGACCUAUUCUUCACUGUUUUACAAGAAACUGCUAACUUUGGAGUAUUUUAUAGCAACCUACAGAAAGCCUUUGGUCUCUCUCAUUAAUGGAUUGGUCAUGGGAGCUGGAGCAGGUCUAUCCAUGAACACCAAGUUCAGGGUUGUGACUGAAAAAGCUGUAUUUGCAAUGCCAGAGGCAUCUAUAGGGCUUUUUCCAGAUGUGGGUGCAUCGUACUUCCUUUCUAGACUACCAGGCUACUUUGGGGAAUAUGUUGGGUUGACUGGGGCACAGGUAGAUGGAGCAGAAAUGGUAGCAUGUGGUUUAGCCACUCAUUUUGUCCCUUCAGUGAAGCUAAAUAUACUAGAAAAUGUCCUACAAACUGUUACUUCUUCCAAUACACCAAUUGCCGCAGUUAUAGAAACAUUCACGGAGAUAGCAGUUGUGAAGGAAUGCAGCUCAUUUAGAAGAUUGGAGACUAUAAACAAAUGUUUCUCAAAAGGAUCAGUGGAGGAAAUUAUUGCAUGCUUGGAAAAGGAAUCAGAAAAUGCAGCAGAAGAGUGGAUCACAAUUGCAUUAAACUCCAUGCGAUCGGCUAGUCCCUUGAGCCUCAAAAUAUUUUUGAAAUCAAUCAGAAUAGGCCGAGUGCAAAAUAUUGAACAAUGUCUUUACCGGGAUUACACCAUUGGCGCCCACAUCGUCAGAAGAACUGUUAGCAAUGAUUUUUACGAGGGUUCAAGAGCAAAGCUGUUUGAUAAAGACAAGCAGCCAAAGUGGGAACCUUCAAAGCUGGAGCUGGUUAGCGAAGAAAUGGUGGAUCAGUGCUUUAGAAGUAUCAAUGACGAAGAUUUGGAUCUGCAACUUCCUGAUAGAUCCAAUCCUCAAAUUGCAAGCAGAUUGUAG